AUGGGAAAAAAAAGCGGGGGUGGGGGGUUGUAUUUGGCUGAAACAAUUGAUAAGGAUAAAGUUGAUCGAUUACAACAGUUUUAUAUUGGUGCCUAUGAUAUCAGUGACCGGGAAAAACUGUUGUCAACAGCAUUGGUGAAUCUGUUGGUUGAAUGGAUAGCUGAAGACGGAGAAGGAGAAGAAGAAAAUUCAAAAUUCAAUUUAGAAGUUGGACCAAAGUUCAGUGCACAACAUUAUUCGGUUACAGUUGCGCAUUUACAGCCAUAUGAAAAUGUUCUUCAAGUCGUUGCUAGGUAA